AUGAAUAUAUAUCAUUCAAUUGUUAUUCUUUUGGGUAUUUUAACAUUUACUCAUUGUGAUGAACAUGAUCAUAAAUAUGAAGAAGGUCAAGAAGUUGUUUUAUGGAUGAACACAGUUGGUCCAUAUCAUAAUCGACAAGAAACAUAUAAUUAUUUUUCAUUACCAUUUUGUCGAGGAACAAAAAAAGAAAUCUCACAUUAUCAUGAAACAUUAGGUGAAAAUAUUUUAGGCGUUGAAUUAGAAUAUAGUGGAGUUGAUAUUAAUUUUAAACGUGAUAAAACUAAAACCGAAUUCUGUGACAUAACUUUAACACCUGAAAAUUAUGAUGCAUUUUUAUAUGCAAUUAAAAAUCAUUACUGGUAUCAAAUGUUUAUUGAUGAUUUACCUAUUUGGGGUAUUGUUGGUGAAAUGGAUGAAUCAGGUAAAACUGCCUAUAUAUGGACACAUAAAAAAUUUGAAAUUGGUUAUAAUGGUAAUCAUAUAAUUGAUGUUAAUUUAACAUCAGAAUCAAAAAAAGAAAUAAAACCAAAUACAAAAUUAGAAUUUUCAUAUGAAGUUGUAUGGAAAUCAUCGAAUACACAAUUUGUCAAUAGAUUUGAUAAAUAUCUUGAUGCAGGAUUUUUUCAACAUAAAAUUCAUUGGUUUUCAAUAUUUAAUUCAUUUAUGAUGGUUUUAUUUCUUGUUGGACUUGUUAGUAUGAUUUUAUUAAGAACAUUAAGAAAAGAUUAUGCAAGAUAUGGUAAAGAUGAUGAUUUAGAUGAUAUGGAACGUGAUUUAGGUGAUGAAUACGGUUGGAAACAAGUACAUGGUGAUGUAUUUCGUCCACCAACUCAUCCGAUACUAUUUUGUUCAUUAAUUGGUUCUGGUUAUCAAAUAGCAACUGUAACCAUACUUUGUAUUGUUAUUACUAUUCUUGGUGAUCUUUAUACAGAGCGUGCAUUAUUAUUUAGUACAGCUAUAUUUUUAUAUGCUGCAUCAGGAAUAGUAAAUGGUUAUACUGGUGGAAGUUUAUAUGCACGAAUGGGAGGACAUUUAUGGAUGAAACAAAUAAUUGUAGGCGCAUUUCUUGUUCCAGUUUCAAUAUGUGGUGUGGCAUUUCUCGUUAAUUUUAUUUCAAUUUACUAUGGAUCAUCACGUUCAAUUCCAUUUACUGUUAUGUUAAGUGUAGCAGCUAUUUGCUUAUUUAUUAUAUUGCCAUUAACUGCAGUUGGAACAGUAUUAGGAAGAAAUAUAAGCGGAAAAACAAAUCAUCCAUGUCGAACAAAUGCUGUUCCACGACCAAUUCCCGAAAAGAAAUGGUUUAUGGAACCACUUGUAAUUAUAUUUGCAAGUGGAGUUUUACCAUUUGGUUCGAUUUUUAUUGAGAUGUAUUUCAUUUUUACAUCAUUUUGGGCAUAUAAGAUUUAUUAUGUUUAUGGAUUUAUGUUACUUGUAUUUUUAAUACUUGCCGUUGUGACUGUAUGUGUAACAAUAGUUGCAACAUAUUUUUUGCUUAAUGCAGAAGAUUAUCGAUGGCAAUGGACAAGUUUUCUUGCUGGAGCUUCAUCAUCAUUCUAUGUUUAUUUAUAUGCAAUGUACUAUUUCUUUUUUAAAACAAAAAUGUAUGGAAUGUUUCAAACAGUAUUUUACUUUGGUUAUAUGGCAUUAUUCUCUCUUGGUCUAGGCAUAAUGUGUGGAACAUUUGGUUACAUUGGUACUCAAGCAUUCGUCCGAAAAAUUUAUUCAAUUAAAAUAGACUAA